UAUGAGCAUUGAUAAAAAAAUUUAUAUCAUUGAAUAAUUGAUUUAGGAAAGCAAUUCAGAUCUCACAAUUUUGCUACUUAAUGAAACAUUCACUAAAUAUAUACAAGCAUCAGAUAAAAAAACUAUCCAAUUUUUGUCACUAAAUGCAAAAUAAUUAUUACAAAUCCUAUUUGUAAAUUAUCAAGAAAUUCAACAAACUCAAUAUGAUAUUUAUUCUAAUCUUAUUACAACUGUUUGGGAAAUCUUAGAACUUAAUAUUGAAGAAAUCUUAGAAGAGAUUGAAGUAAUUUAAAGACUCUAAAUUUUUAGAUUCACUUUCAUAUUUUUUAUGACCUAUUUACAUAUCCUAUUAUACCAGAUGUUUAAUGGACUUCAGCAUUCAAAAUAUUAAAACUAAUUUAAAAAAGAUCCUAAAUAUUGAUAACAAAAUCAUUAAAUGGCAACUAUUAAUUACUUUAAUAUUUUUUACCAUAUUUAUAUAAUAAUAGUGUUGCUCAACUAAUAUUGAUAUACUUCGAAAACUAAUUUCAUCCUUAGCAAUUAGAAUUUCUGCAGAUUGGUAUCUAAUAAUAUUACUCAUUUGAUUAAUUUUCAGCAAUAAACUUUACAUUUAUAAUCCAUGAGAUAAUGGUUAGAAUUCAAACUAAAUAGUUAAUGUAAUAUUUGGUUUCGAGUUAAGUUAUGAUUAUAGCAAAUGAUAUUAUUUAGAAAGAGACAUUUCAUUUUAUGUAAUGUAUAUAAAUAUAAAGAGUUCGUAAGAAUGCUGCCCAUAUUAUUUCUUUGAUCUCAAAUUAUUAUUCAUUGGAUUUACAAAAUUUGUAUUUGGAUGAACCAUACAAUUAUCCAAUUACUGAGGAAUUUAGAAAAACAGAGUUUUUUAGAUACUUCAAUGUUACAAGCAUAAAAAACAUCUUAGAGAAUACUCUAACUAGAAAUUCUAAAAUAAGCUUGUUGGAUGUUAAAUUAAUAGAAGUAUAUAAUAUUAAAUUAUUAAAUUUUAGAUUAUAGAUAAUAUUGUAAGAAUAUCUGAUAUAGAAUUAUGGUAAAGGAUUGAUUAAUCUAAUGUAAUGGAAGUCAUAAUCAAUUUAGUUAAGAAAUUUAAUUAAUCAGAUAUUUUUAUUUAAUAUGUUUACAAUAUGAUUGCUUUUAUUUUAGAUAGAGCCCUAAGUGAUUUUCAUCCUUUUUGGUGUUUAUAAUUAUUGACUAAAUAUAAACUUUAGAUUUAAUAAAUCAAAAGAAUUAAUAGAUAAUUAUAUGCUUAUGAAUAAUAGCUAUAAAUAAAACUUAUAAGAGAUAGCGAUUUUUUACCAUAUUAUAAUGAAUUAAAGAUAAUAGAAUCUGCAUUAAAACAAUCUAAAACAUGGAACACAAUAAAAGAGCAAAUUGAAAAAUAUGAAGACAAACAUAAACUAAAAUUAGGGGAAGAUUAGAUAACACCAUCAAUUGAUUCUCCCUUUAUUAUUUCAGCAAUUCAAGAAGAUUAAUUUGAUGAUCUUUUAUAGCCUGAAUGUAAUAUCUUUUUAGAUUGUUUUAAUAAACCAUCACCUUUUGAUAGUCUUAAAAAUAAUGAAGAUUCUGAUGAUGAAAAUUAAGUUUUGGUUACUUUUUAAGGAUAAGAUACUUUAAAUAAAUUAAAAAAUGUGUUCUAAUAAAUGGAUUUAUAAGAACAAGAACAUGAAGAAGAUAAUUAAAAACCAAAAAAGAUUCGAAAUCUAUCAAACUCUUUAAAUACAGAAAUAUCUCAUUAAAAAUAAGAUUUUCAUUUAAGAUUUCUCAAAAGUGAACAUGAUUCUAUUAAAAAAUUGUCUUUGAGUACAUCAACUCAACUUAAAAAGUUCAAUUAAAGUUUUGAAUAAUUUAAAAUUGAAAUUAUUGAGAAUAAUAAAGUAUUGAAAAACAAUAGCAUCAUGAAAGUAGAUGAAGUUGAUUUUAUGAAUUAUAAGAAGAAAGAAUGA